CAGUUGUUUCUUCUUUCAUUUGUAUUUCCCACUCUCGCUCUGUCUUGUGUUUCUACCACAGACGAAACUAUUUUAAUUAUUAUUUUGAUCCAAGUUCAUUUUGUUUUCUUCUGCGAGUGUUUGACAGACGGGAGGGAACAGAAGGACAGCCAUCAGCUUAUUUCAUUUUUUUCCCUAAUUAAUUUCUUUCUUUUUUUUUAAUUUUGUUCAACGACAAUUGAUAAUCGAAACCGAAAAACUAAACAACAAAUCAAUCGGAGAUGAAUCAAGCGAUUUCUCAAUUGAAAUGGAAAUAGAGAAAAGUGUCGCGAUUGAUGUGUGAGCUUGAUGAUCAACAAGCAGCUCCAGCGAUAAAUCAAUCCGAAGGACACACAAUAUCCAACACAGUAAAUCAAUUUACGACGAACAGAAUCUUCUCUGAUUUUAAUUAAUAUCAAUGAAAUAAAUUAACGACUAUCCACCCCGUUGCACACACAUACAUAUAGAAUUUAACUCGCGUGCCGAGCACUUUUAAUGGGACUUCAAAUCAGGCUGUGGUAUCGUUUUUUUUCUAAGCGAAUCGAAUUGAGUGGCGUUUAUUUACAUCAUCAGUGACUCAUCGCACUAUGAAUAUGAAUGAAAACGAAUUGUUAUUGCGGGCCAAAGAAGAAAGAGACGAGAUUUUCGAACGCUAUGAUAAAGGUCGAGAGGAUAAUAGUUUGAUUAAUUUAUGGGAAGAAACCAAAUUCGAGGUAUACCAUCGUGCUGAUAGAUAUGGAUUCAUUCAGAACGAUCGAAAUGCAAACGAUAAUAAUAACAGUGUGAAUAAUAAUCAGUAUGAACGAAAUUUGGAGCUAUCGUUGAUUCGUGAAAAGAAAUGGCUGAAUAUGUUGCGACGCUGGGACAAGGUGACAUUGAGCUCACAAGAGAAGCUAAGGCGCCGCAUUUACAAAGGCAUCCCGAACAAGUUGCGACCCGAAGCAUGGAAACGUCUUUUGAACAUUGAUGAGAUGAUUUCCAAGAAUGCGGGCGUCUAUCAGCAAAUGUUGAAAUUGGCACGAACAUUCAGCACGGAGACACGACAAAUCGAUUUCGAUGUGAAUCGACAGUUCCGUGAACAUGUUUACUAUUGCGAACGAUACAGUACGAAGCAACGAAGUUUAUUUAAUGUUCUCAUCGCAUAUAGUAUGUACAAUAUGGAGCUGGGCUAUUGUCAAGGGAUGGCCGGUGUUGCUGGCAUUUUGCUGAUGUACAUGGACGAAGAGGAAGCCUUUUGGGCAUUGAGCAUUUUUAUGUGCGAUCCAAAAUAUGCAAUGCAUGGCCUAUUUAUCGAAGGAUUUCCCAAACUACAACGAUUUCUCAGUCAUCAUGAUCGAAUCCUAUCCAAAUUUCUACCCAAGCUACACAAACACUUCUCAAAACAUUCGCUCGACGCCAUUCUCUACUCAAUCAAAUGGUUCUUUGUGAUAUUCGUAGAACGGAUUCCGUUUAGCCUAUGUCUUCGUAUAUGGGACAUUUAUAUGAUCGAAGGUGAACGCGUAGUGACUGCCAUGGCGUUCACCAUUUUACGGAUACAUCGAAAGAAAUUAAUGAACAUGAGAGAUAUGGACGAAAUGACCGAAUUCUUACAGAUUAAUUUACACAAAAAUUUCGGUUAUGAUGAUGAUUUUGUGAUAAAAGUUUUAGAACAAUCGAUGGGCGAUCUGCGAAAGUAUAAAAUGGACUUGCCACCACCGCCACAAGAAUGUGAACUACCGAAAUAUGAAUUUGGACGAUUCAUUGAGCCCGAAUUCGAUACAAAAGUUGGACGCCGAAAAACCAAAUUCACCGAUGUCGAACGAAAAACAACGGAAACCGUUAUACAUCGACAAGAGGAAAAUGCUCAAAGUGAUAUGGUCUCAAAUUAUUCAUAUGACAAUACCGUCGCCGGUUCAAUAAAGACAUUUCGAAGUCUAAACAGUUUGGCCACCAGUUUGGCAACAUCGUUAGCCGUUAGUUCGCAGUCGAUUAACAGCGAUGAAAGUGAUAAAUCAACCGAAGUUACCCGUCUUUAGAGAGAAAGAAAAAAAGAAAAAAAGAAAAAAAGAAAAAAAGAAAAAAACAAAUCGUGAACUCCUUCACAAACUCAACAUUUAUAUUCGCCUCACCCGAUACACAACAUAAAUUAUAUUACUGAUUACAUUAAAAAAAAAUUAAGUAACAAACGUUCAUUUAAUAUACAUUCGGAACAUAAUUUUUUAGGAAACUUUUAAGAACAACGAAUCUCUUAGACAACUGUUUGCCUCAUCCAACAGACACACAGUUCGAAUAUCAAUUCAAUCCCACGAAAAAGUGUUUACAUUUAGGGGAAAAAACAAUUAUUUUUAUAACAUUUUAAACAUUCAUUUUAACAAAAUAAUUUUGAGUUUAGACUUUAAUCGUUAGCAACAAUGAACUUAAUUUUUAAGCAUUCGAUUUUUUUCCCUUGUGUUCACAAAAACCCGAGCAUUUAAAAUAAACACGGAUUUCUAGUUCGA